AUGCAGCUCCCACCACCUUCAGUGAUGCUUAGUUGGCCCAUGCCUAACUAUGAGAAUCCAGCUCAUGUCCGUGGUCCUGCGCUCGUCAUUUUGACUGCCAUCUUCGCGCCGUUGACCUUCGCCGUGGUCCUCGUCCGCGUGUUCACUCGCCUCCAUCUAUCAAAGAGCUUUGGCUCGGAUGAUAUAUUCAUAGUCGCAGCCUCAAUCCCUGCUAUCGCCUGUGGUGUCAUCACCGUCCUGGGAGCAGAAAAGUUCGGUUGGAACCGCCAUGUCUGGGAUGUGCCGCUCAACGAGCUUGUCCUGAGCCUGAAGCUCACUCUAGCGCUAGAAGCCCUCUUUGCGAUCGGUUCCUCGCUCACCAAGCUCUCCCUUCUCUGUUUUACACGGAAGAUUACUGCUGGCACGAACUCAGUUGUCCUGCGGUGGCUGGUUAUAGUUAACAUGGCCAUUGUUGCACUAGAAAUGAUCAUCUUCUGCAUAGUGGUCGUCUUCAAUUGUCGCCCUAUAUCAGCUUACUGGACUCUGUCAACCAAGCCUCAGAAAUGCAUAAAUGAAACGGCGCAUCUCCUGGCCGGUGGCAUAGUGAACACUCUCACCGAUUUCUGUGUCGUUAUCUUGCCAAUACCGACCGUCAUGGCCCUGAAACUGCCCAACAGACAGCGCCUUGUAUUAGUCCUCCUUUUCGGCGCAGGUUUCGCAGUCUGUAUUGCCGGUAGCGUACGAGUCUACUACGUGUAUAAGAUGAACACCACAUACGAUAAAACCUGGGCUGCCUAUCCGGUCUGGAUCUCCGGCACCAUCGAGAUGUACCUCGGCGUGUUCGCUGCCUCACUGGCAUCUCUCAAGCCCUUCUUCGUGCGCUAUCUUCCCACCAUCCUGGGCACUUUUACCUCCCAGCGAGACGUAGUCUCUUCUGUCUUUGCAAGCUCGCGCGCACGACAAGCCGACUCUCGAUCCACAGGCCAAAGCAAGAACGCAAUUCUCCGCAGCUACCAGACCACUACUACCAUCACCUCUGCUGGCCAGGAUAUAGAAUUUGAAUCCUUAAACGCCAAGAAGGGGGGGGUAGUAGUAUCCCAGGUCAUAACAUACGAGACCAGAAAUGCGUCAGUAGCAAGCAUUCAAUCCUUGGAAGAAUCGCCACAGUCACAGUAG